GCAGAUAUACUCCCGCCCCGUGGCCUGACAGUGACAGCAUCACCCUGGGGCCAUAUGGCCCAAACGUUCAAAGUACAGCUGGAGACGGUUCUCAUGGCAACCAGACUUUAGCUAUCAUUCUAUGGAAUGUACUAGAUAAAUGCCAGCUAAAAGCUCAUGAGCAACUUCCCCACGCUCCACCUGUACUUUGUAGAAAGUUAGAUACGGCUCCCCCAUAACAUCAGAUCUCUCUGAGCAGCUGCUGAGCCGGCCGUACGCAGCGGUGACCACACCCCGCGUCAUGUGACCAGGAGACCCUAGUCACGUGGCAGCGGCGGUCUCGCGAGCAGGAAGGGGGAUGACGUGCAUCAUGAUCAUCGGAUCACGCUGUGAUUGACUACACACACGGGCGGGGCGGCUCGCAGUGACAGUGUUCCUACGCCGCGGAGGAUGAAGGUGUCCUGUGAUGCUGGGGCUCAGGGUUCUCUGGGCCGAGCCUGGAAGCAGAUGUCGUGGCUGUACUAUCAAUACCUGCUGGUGACGGCGCUGUACAUGCUGGAGCCCUGGGAGAGGACCGUCUUCAACUCCAUGUUGGUCUCCAUCGUCGGAAUGGCUCUGUACACCGGAUAUAUAUUUAUGCCGCAGCACAUCCUGGCAAUUUUGCACUACUUUGAGAUUGUACAAUGACACAGAAGGCCCUUGCCUGGCAAGGGGUUAGAGGACAGAGCGACAGUCUUUGCCAUUUCUGGCACCAGAUGUGAAUCCAGGAGCUGGCAUCACUAUGUCAACCUGCAGGGAUGCCAGACGUGCUCAGCUGGAUCUCCAGUGAAGCUGCCACAGCGUUUACUCCGUUGAUAAGGGCAUUUGCAGCUCUGUUUUAAAUUGUCAUCCCCCAUCGUAUCACCAGCUUCAGUAACCCAAGGGCUCUGCGACACAAGCCUCCUGUGACAGGGGUGACAGCAGUAUUUUCGUUGUAUGUGUGUUUGUAACAACUGUUUCAACAUUGCACUGUAAAUGUAUUUAGUUUUUAGGUGCUUAUUUUUAAAAAAUUUGCAGCUUUACUUUAUGAAUAGAACAGUGCUAGAGAUUUGUACACAAUCCUCUGAGUUAUUUUGGUUUUGUUCUUGUAGAACUGCAAUGCUUUCCAAUGUACACGUUCUGUUGUAACGCAAUUUCCAAUACUUCAUUUUCUUUCUCGAUAAACCAUAAAGAAGCUAAUUGGUUACAAUGUGCACAGGUUAUUUACCGUUCAAAUAAAUAUUUGGGGACCCUGCAACAGGUCUCCAGAAACUGA